GAAAAACACCAAUACAAGCAUCAAUUUCCAACAACAUAAUGGCCAAACAAAUAGUGCCUUAUUUCUACAAAAUAACAGAAAUUCCAAAAGGCUUUGGAGAAGUACUUUAUGCAUGUCCACAGCAUAGCACCAAUACAUGUAAAGUAUUUAAUAUACCACUCAUAGACCUAUUGUUUCAUUUCAGUAUAAAUAGAUGUUCUGCUGCUGCUGUCCAUUAUCAUUGUCCAUUGGAUCAAAGCUGCAACCGUCCAUUACAUUAUCCGCCUCCAGACUGUAUUCGAUUUGCUUGUCUAUUUUGUAAACAUUUGACACCAACUAAGGGCAACCUACGCACACACUGGUUAAAAUGUCAAAGAAAAAACCAAAGUCUUGUCGCCGAAUUGUUUAGUAAAAAGAAUAUCAACGAUAGAAGCGACCGCUGCAUGGGUGUCAAAGUUGCUUGUCACAAUCGUGGAAGAAAUGGCAAAUAUAUCGAUAUCAUAGACUUGUCAUUUUGGUCGCCCAAAAACAAAGAUUCGGAAAUAAGAGAUAGCCAGCGACAACAUUUCCAAGAAAAUCAAAACCAAAAUCAAAAUCAAAAUCAAAACUUUAAUUCAGUCAAUCCGUACCAACCUCAUCAAACAAACAAUUCACUUUUCACCUACAACUACAAUCAGCAUAACCAAUAUUAUUCACAAUUACCAUCCCAUCCUCCUGUUGAUCAUGUUCACCAAUAUCAUCAACCACUCUAUAUCAAUCCAAUAUAUGGCUGGAAUAUUCAUCAUCAUCCACAGAACGAUCAACAACAACAACAACAACCUAACAAUAUCCAAGAUAUAAUUACAACUGCACAGCAGUUGUCUCACUCAUCAAAUACCUUUACACCCAAUUAUCAGCACUUUAUUUCUGUUCAAGAAAUUAACUUGCCUGAUCAACAAUCUGCUGUUGGCCCUCAAUUUUCUAACGAGUACCGUAUCUAUCAACAACCAGUUAUCAAUACCAAUAUCCAACAAUCUAUCCCUAGUCAUUAUCCUGAAAGUCAACAGCCAACCACCAAUGUUCAACUCAUUGACCAGCAGCCUGUUAUCCAGCAGCCUGUUAUACAGCAACCCAAUGCUCGGCAGCCUGUUUCUGAUUAUCAGCCUACUCUUGACCAUCAGCUUAUUCCUCUACCACAUCCUGCUAUUCAUCAUUACUCUCCCAACUCACAACAAUCCACUAAUGCUCAAGUUUUUAAUGUUUUGUCUAUGGUUCAACACUCUGCCACAACCUAUUAUCCGCUCAACAAGCCACAAGUUGUCAGCCAUCCUAGUGAUCAAAAGCUCAUUGACCAACAACCUGCCACAAAUGAUGCAUCCACCAGUCACCACCUUUCUAUCAAUUAUAUUAUUAACCAUCCCACUGGCAAUCUCACUGAUCACCAAAUCCAAAUCCCAUUGGCUCCUCCUGUCCCACAUAAUAUAAGUCGGGAACCCAUUUUAUCAUCAAAUAUCCCUACUGAUAACAUUGCAAUCACUCUACCAACCACUACCGAUCUCCAUCCAGAUCCACAACCUAAUUCACAAAUCUCACUCAGUCAAACAACAGCAACACUAAUAGAAACGUCAACAGACCAAAUAAACAGAACAACCCAACGAAGAAGAGAAUCAUCUUCUCAACCAGAUUACAGAUUCAAGAGAACACAUGAUGUCUGAAUAUCUCUGCCAUUUCAACUAUACCACACUGUAUUAUACCACACUGUAUUAUACCACAUUAUUUUAUAUUAUAUUCCAUUCCAUUCUACUUUAGUAUUAUAUUUGGCCUCAUUAUAGUUUGUAUUUUGU